AUGCAAAACUCUUCACCACGUCAAGAUGCAGGGGCCAGAGUUGUGGCCGUCCUCCACGCUCAGGCUUCGCUGGCCCAAGUGGCCGGAGCAGCCAUGGCAGGUGUGCGCUUGACGUUACCCUCACGAAGGGUUCUGUCGCCAACGCCCAACUGCAGUGCCAGAACGAAGAAGCCAAGAAUCGAAUCGAGGCCAACCCUCCACAUGUAUUCUGGUUCCAGGCCAACGCCUCGGCCCUCCGAAGAAUUCUGUCCGCGCCAGAAGCUGUGGACUUUGUGGGCAGGUCGGCGCAAUCUAGAGGCACUUGACCUGGCAGUUGCUCUGGUCUUGCUCGUGCUUGAAGUCAUGUGCUGGCUUGUGGAAAGGUGGACGGGUGGUGUGGCUGGUUGGCACCUGUACCAUCGGAUUGUGAGCCACCUCCUGUUCAAGCUCUUUUUCCACGAGGUGACUGUCGACGACCCGCACAGGGUCUUGAACAUGGCAGGAAAUCAGCGACUUAUCUUUUGUUCCAACCACCCGACCGGCCUGCUCGACCGACUUCUGAUUCAGUACCUCUCGCCGCGUACUUGCUUGUGUUUGACGCAGAACUGGUUCUCGUACACAAACCACGUGGAGAUGUGCCUGCACGUCGUCCAAGGGCUGCCAUUCACGAGAAUGAUCGAAUGCCUCGACUACGGCCAUGCUCUUUGGAUAGCUGUCGGCGGAUCUCGAGAGUUAAAUCCCUACAUACGGAAGGUUCACACAGGAGCUGCAAGAAUCGCUUUGCAGGCUGCGCGACACAGCGAGUAUGAAGUCUUGCUGGUUCCGCUUCAUCUCUGCUUCGAGGCGCAUUGCCAGUUCAACUCAGCUGUGUUGGUCGAACUGGGGAAGCCGGUUCACGUUGAGCAUGGGGUUGAUCCAGACUCUGUCAGCGGGCGGGAACGUGUGCAUGGUCUCGUGAGAGCAUUGAAGGCAAACUUGCUGCCUCUAACGAACUGGAUCCCGGCAAAGCCUGAUGUGGACUACGGGAAGAAAGGGUCCAGAGGUGUUGGGCAAACGCGACUGGCUGUUUCAGAGUGGUACCUGAUCAGAGUGAUUGACACGCUCGUUUGCUUGCAUGCGCUGUCAACUAGCAACUGCCGUAUUCCGUGGCGCGCACGUGUGCAGCGAGUGCGAGCUGUGGCUCAGCAUUUAAGCGACCAGCCCAGCGAGAAGUUCCAACGGGCAAGGAAUGCCUUUCAAGAGUUUGCCGAUGCGGUGCCGGAGGGCAACUUGUUCCGUGUAGCCACAGGGACCUACUGGGACAUGCCUGUGGCGUUGAAGGCCAUUCCGCGAAGAAAUCCCUCUGCGGUGCCCGGAUUGACUCUGGCCGCUUUGAGAAACUUUUCCAAUGGUCCUCUUCGAUUUGCUGAACGCCCAGCAGAUCUUCGUGACUUGCCGGCUUCCUGCGCAUGCCGUUUGGCAGACCUCAGACAGGAGGCUUUGCAGCUUAUCGACUCAGUGUUGGCAUCUGUACAGUGGGAAGUGGAGGCAGAUGCAAGACAAAUCAUUGCUCUAUUGCGGCCUUCUAGGGCGUGCCCGCAGGUCACGUCGCGGGAUAGCCCGCGCUUUCAACCGGUGCAAUCCAUCGCGGCAGUGGCCAAUAGUGCUUUGUACACAGGCAGCGUCCAGCUGUUGACUUCGAACUCGCGUGCCGCAGCAAGCCCCGUGCCUAUGCGGGCCACCGUCGGCACCUUCACAGCUCGAUCAGUGUCGCCACAGCGCACCGCGUGGAGCAUGAGCCUCCCACUGGGGCCACAUGCUCCUUCGGUGCGAGCUGCCUCUCCUGGCUCCAGAGCUCAAUCUCCGCCGAGUGGGGUGCACCCUGUGCAGUGUGUGAUGCGAGCUCCGGUGCAGACCGUGCAACCCGCGAAUGCCCCGGGACCCAGGCAGCCAGCGGUUGGCAUUGCGUUUCCUGGGGCGGCCCUACCUCCCAGCCAUCAAAGAAUACCCCCUCGACGCAGAAGCAAUCGGAUCAGUGAGUCGUCCUUCAGCGUUGACCGUCCGCUUUUGCCAUGGAAUGCGGCCAUGGUGCCAGAAGGUGAACAGACCCAAGACGCAGCGGAGCUUUCCGAGGCUGUGAUGGAUGGAGUUGCGGCCGCUGCGAAUGAAGCAGCUGCUCAGCAACUGAUGCUGGGACCUACAGUUGCUUUGGCACCAAGCUCCGACAGUAUUCGUGCAGUUCAGCAAGAAGGAGUUGCAUCUAUUCAAGGUGCCUUGUCGCCAAAAACAUGCCAGCGCCUCCGUGGUUUUGUGUUGGAAGAGCUUUCCAAAGCCUGCAGAGCUGUGCAAGAUGACCCGACCCAGAAGUAUUCCCUGUUUUCGCGGGACAUACGGGAAACUCGUGCAUCAAAGACUGCGCUGGAGACCCGUUUCGAGCUGCAGUUGCCACGCACAGAGAUCACCGAAACCGCCCUCAUGGAAGUGCUCCAUGGUCAGGUGGGCAGUACGCUGGCAGCCCUGGCGGGCUCUAACGCAAAGCUCUGGGAGUUCACAGCCAUGGUUGCUAUGCCCGAUAGUAUUCCUCAGCGCUUGCAUUGCGACACUGGGUCGCCCUCGCCAGCUUUGUUCACCUCAUUCGUGGCCCUGCAGGAUGUGACCGAGAACAUGGGACCCACGCGGUUGAGUCCUCGAGUUGCGUCCUUGAGUCCAUCGCGCACCUCGCAUGCUGCACCGCUGCAGUGUCCUCUUGUCGGACAUGGGGCGUCAAAGCCUGGUCCCGUCAUCCCAGUCGUCCGGCACAUGGACACUAUGUCGGUCAGGCGAAAUCUUGGCCACCCCAAGGCAUUGUCCCACCCUUGCGCAACUGGCCCGACACAGAGCCAGACGGCCAGUGGAAGCCCCGUCGCUUCUCCGGUGGAGAUCAGCCGAGGCUCUGAUAGGCAGGCGCAGCAGGCUACUGUCUACAGCCCGGUGCGCACUUGUGUGCUGUUGGAUGGGUCCCGCCGCAGCAGCCCAACACGAGUUCAGGAGGCAUCUUCGAACUCUGCCCAAGCCAGUCCGGUCCUUUUGGGAACUCCGAAGUGGUCAACGAAGCAUCCAGAGGCCUCCAGCCGCGGUACGCCCGUUCGCAUUGUGGGUGGGCCGCCAAUGCAAGGGGCAUGCUGCAAGACUGAGCUUGCAGAGACUGCGCGUGCUGCUGCCCGUGCUACAGCAUCUCCUAUAAUUCAGCCGGACCCACAAUCUGAGACGCGAACUCCCAGUGGCAGCCUGCAAAGUCUUCCAGCAGUGAGUGGCUCUUGCAAGCUGAUUGGGCAAGCAGCUCCGUGCCCUGAUCCGUUCCUCUCGACUGGGCCAUCGGCAGCUCCACUCUCACCAAUGGCGCGGACACCUGAUCCACCAGGUGACGGAAGAAAUGGCAGUUGGUCAGGUCUGGAUUCACGCCAGAGCUUGACGUCCUGUUUCCUCGGUAAUGACAACAGCUCCCCACCGCACUUUGGCUCAGCCAAGAUUCUCCACACCUCUUCGAACAAGCACCGGACUCUUUCGCCCGGUGCUGCAUGUGUAGUGCUGCCGCCUAGCCCCGAGAUUGCUCCUCGGGGUGUUGGGCCGGUAAGCUCAGAUGUCCAGGGGCCUGCAGGUGAAUCCCAUAUCAAAGCAACGCUGUUCGAGUUGUUUCGCGUGCCCAUCUCCGAGCCACAUGUUGCAGAGCAGGUCGGAAAGGAGAUGGCGAGACAAGCAGAGACUCUGUGGGACGAUUUGGUGAUCCUCCCACCAGUGCGGAGUCUUGCAAGUGCUGUAGCGCGUUCUAUAUCAAGCUCAGGUCAGGCAAAAGAUGAACCCCUCUGGACAGAACAUCUUGGUGACGAGGAAGCAUACCAGGGAUGGUGGAGAUGUGUGUUGGCCAGAUAUGGGUUGUCUGGCUCCGGAGAUGCGAUCUCGCUAGCGGAAGUCACUGAUCUUGCAGUGGCAGCAUGCCGAAUGCUUCGGGAUCAUUUUGCGCCGCCCAAAUAUUUGCGGAAUCUUCGAACUGUCCGAUCUGGUGCCAAGCGAGUGCAAGAUCGUUAUGACAACUUUCGACAUCUCUCCAGCUCGACCUUUGCAAAACACUAUCGCUGCCGGAGUCGCUUGAGCUUCGAAGACCGAUUGUGCAGCCAGACACGCAAAAGUCAGCUGGCGUGCCCGGCAGACCAGCUUCGAGUCGAAGUGGAAGUGUUGAGAAGCCUGCAGCAUCCGCAUCUUCCUCGCGUGGUUGAAAGCUUUGAGGACUUCAAUGACAUCUACAUAAUUUCCGAGAUAGUGGACAAUGUGCGGCUUCUGCAUUUCAUGCAGACGCGCUUGGACAUGCGAACUGGAAUUUCUGAGGGCUGGCUGGCACAGGUUUUCAAGCAGAUCUUGGAGACCUUGAGCUACUGUCACCAGCUAAAGCCCCACAGCAUCGUGCACGGUGACAUCGGUUUGGAGACCGUGGGCCUGGCCUCCGUCUCGGAUGCUGCGUGCGCGCCCCACGUGGUCAUUUCAGGGCUUGGGGUCGCCGGCACCCUGCCUUCUCCCUCCUUGCCAUCGAUUUCUCGACUUUCUGGAAGGCUUUCCCGGAGUUCGCAACCAGUGGCCGACCUGAUCGCACCACGUUCAGAUGUCGAAGAGCUUUGCAGCCCGAAGCACGAUGUCUGGUGUUGCGGCUGCUUGCUCUACCUGCUCCUUACGGGGCACGUCCCGGGUGAUGCAUUCUUUGGGGAGACCUUCCGGCCGAAGGUGAGCAGCCCAGAUUGGGCUCUCGUCCGCCAUGCUUCAGCACAGGCAGAGGCACUGUGCUCACGAAUGCUGGAGAGUGAUCCAGCCCGUAGACCGGCCGCGACAGACUGCCUUUGCUACCCAUGGCUACAGUCCGGAAGCAAAUUCUGCUUCAAGAUGGUGCCCUUGUCCGUCUUAGAGAAGAUCAUUCAAAUCGAGCAGCAAAACCAGGAAUGCAAGGAGGUGGUGGCGGACGUCGUGGCUGAGUUGAGCUUGAGAUCAGUUUCGUGCGCGAGCACAGCCUUUGCAACCCUUGCAAUGCCCUCACAGAGCUGGGGUGAUCCGAUGGAAUCUGUGCAGCUGACACCUUUUCUCUCGGCUGCUCCGCUUCUGCAGCUUGGCGUCUCCGUACCGAAUGUCGAGAAGGUCAUGCGGGCCUUUGCCGUGCCCUCUUGUGGUCUGAUCGCCCACGGAUCCUUCGUGAAGCGCUGCCUGGAACUGGCUGAAGAUCAGCUGGAUCGCUCCUUGUGGCGCCUCUUCGUCGCGGCGAGGGAGGACGAAUCGGGAGUCCUGCCCGCCAGCCAGCUGGAAGAGGUUCUCCAUGGUGACGUGGCGGAGGUUUCUGCCACCGGUGGGAAGGAUGCAGCAGGGGAAAGCUGUGCUCGCGAGUACAUUCGUUCCGCGAUGGACCCGGAACUCACGGCCAGCGAGGCUGUUCGGCAGAUAACUUCAGGCAACGAAGUCACGUUCGAGUUGCUUAAAGAGUUUGUCAUGCAGCGCCACAACGCUGCCUGUGCCGCUGCAGCCAAACAAUCAGGUCAUGCAUCGCCCGAAAAUGACGCUGCCAACCUAGGCGGCGAUGGCCACAUUGGCUCUGACUCAGUGCAAAAUCUCCAAUCGCCAUGGCAAGACAAGUAA